CCUGACACAACUCUAACAAAGUGGUCUCAGCUGUUUCUCUUACGCUUACAUCUUGAGUCUCGACUACUUGCUGCAGGUUUCUUACGCCAAAUACCUGUGAUGCGCCUUUCACCGCGCAUACCCGGUCGGGGGUGCCUGCAAGCAGCGCGGUUCUUCGCUACCAGCGUAGCCACUCCCCGAAUUCCCCAGACUAUCAUUGAAAAAGUUGUCCAAAAGUACUCGGUUAGUCUCCCCGAUGGCAAAAUUGUCAAAGCAGGCGACUAUGUCAUGAUUCGCCCGGAGCAUGUCAUGACCCAUGACAACACGGGCCCUGUCAUAUCCAAAUUCAAGUCCAUAGGUGCAAAGAAAAUUUUUGAUCCCCGGCAGGCGGUGUUCACCCUUGAUCACGACGUCCAGAAUAAAUCUGACAAAAACCUUGCCAAGUAUGCCAACAUUGAAGCAUUUGCACGCGCACACGGGAUUGACUUCUAUCCUGCUGGCCGCGGCAUAGGGCACCAAGUCCUCGUAGAAGAAGGCUACGCAUUCCCGCAUACCCUCACUGUUGCCUCUGAUUCGCACUCAAAUAUGUAUGGAGGCGUUGCUUGCGUGGGUACAGCCAUCGUGCGCACAGAUGCAGCAGCCUUGUGGGCUACAGGAAAGACUUGGUGGCAAGUCCCUCGUAUGGUCAAGGUGGAAUUUCGGGGAAAGCUAGCCCCAGGUGUCACCGGCAAGGAUGUGAUUGUCGCGCUUUGCGGGUCAUUCAACAACGACGAGGUCCUCAACGCUGCAAUCGAGUUUACUGGGGAGGGUGUCUCUGCGCUUUCGAUUGACGACAGACUUACGAUUUCAAAUAUGACAACGGAGUGGGGCGCACUUGUAGGCGUUUUCCCUGUCGACGACACACUUUUGAGUUGGUACGAGAGUGCAUUGACGAAAUUAGAGCAAAGGACUUUCGCCUCUAAAUCAGUACCGCCCCCGCCAGAACACCCACGUAUCAAUCGCCGCAGUCUUGAUGCUCUUCGUGCAACUAACCUUACGUCCGAUCUCGGUGCCCAAUACUCCUCGCAUCUGAUCUUCGACCUCUCUACUCUCGUCCCACAUGUUUCCGGUCCUAACAGCGUCAAAGUCUCUACCCCACUUCCCAAGUUAGAAUCCCAGCAAAUUGCAAUCCAGAAAGCAUACCUGGUUUCAUGUACCAAUUCUCGUGUCUCUGAUAUUGCUGCAGCUGCGUCUGUUGUUGAGGGCAAGAAAGUUGCAGAAGGCGUCGAGUUCUAUGUCGCAGCUGCGAGCUCUGUGGUGCAGGCGGAGGCGGAGAAGUUGGGGCACUGGAACAAGUUGAUUGCUGCAGGUGCCAAAGUCCUCCCAGCAGGUUGUGGGCCUUGUAUCGGGCUCGGCACGGGGUUGUUGGAAGAAGGUGAGACGGGCAUCAGCGCCACGAACAGGAACUACAAGGGACGAAUGGGCCAUCCUAAGGCUCAGGCAUACCUUGCCAGUCCUGCAGUAGUUGCUGCGAGUGCUGUCAAGGGAUUUAUCUGCUCCCCCAACUCUCUUGACGCAACCUCGCUUCCUCCUGCAGGCGCACCCGUCUUCUCCAUCGCUUCUGGUUCUUCAGACGCGGCAGAGGUACCACAAGCAGAAGAACCCCUCUUCCCCGGCUUCCCCGCAGCCUUUUCUGGUCGCCUGCUCUUCGCACCACAGGACAACCUGAGCACGGACGCACUAUACCCUGGAAAAUACACCUACCAAGACGAUAUUACCCUCGAACGCCAAGCACAAGUAGUCAUGGAGAACUACGACCCGUCUUUCGCAGGCAAUGUCGCUACCAUUCUCCCUUCACUCUCCGCAUCAGAUGAAAGCACCAAGUCUGGUGUGGUCUUGGUAUCGGGGUACAAUUUCGGUACCGGGUCCUCUCGCGAACAGGCUGCUACCGCGCUUAAGGCAGCUGGUGUGCCGCUUGUCAUUGCAGGCUCAUUCGGUGACAUAUUCAAGCGUAAUGCCAUCAAUAACGGUCUUGUCUGCCUUGAAUGUCCUGAGCUCGUCGCUGACCUCACUGCGACGUAUGCCAAAGGAGGCGCACGCGGUGCGGGUGGACGUGAAGGCGAACUCACAGUGGAUCAAGGGCAUGAAAUACGUGUUUCGAUGACGGACGGGAAUGUGACUCUGCGUGGUCCUGAUGGAGAAAAGACCUACAAAGUCCGCACGGUGGGCGCAAGCGUGCAGGAGUUGUGGGUGUGUGGUGGGCUCGAGGGGUUCAUUCUCAAGUCUAUACGGUAAUGUUGGUAGAGUAUUUAGGUGAAUGUAUUAUCUGUUUGUGUGUACGUCUUGUGCUUGUCUGCUGUCGGAGACAUGCUAUGUAACAUUGAAAGACAGCAUAGCCGGCGAGCUGCUCCCCGGUUGUUCAAU